UAAGCGCUGGCUUUGGAAGAUGUGAAGAGAAGUACGAAAAAGUGCCCUCCGCCUUUCUUCUCCACCUCUUUCUCGGGGGAGGAGGACGAAGGCCACGCCGUCGAGGAAGAAGAAGGGGAAGGACGGCGAGGUAGGGCUCCCGUGGCGGUUCAUUGCUGAGAAGAGGAGAAUCCGGUCGAAACUCUCGUGUUCAGGUUAACCAAGAAGAGAGGAGUGCUGAAAGGUCUCAUUUUCCAUCAUGGUGGCUUCCAUGGCGACUUCGGCCUUCUUCCCUGUCCCGUCUUCUUCGUCUGUGGCCUCAGCAAAAGCACCAAAGCCCAUCAAUGAAGGCCCUGAGCGCUUGGGUAUCCGAGGCAUUGUUGCUAAGCCUGCCUCACAAUCAGGGGCCAUGGAGGUCAAGGCACAGGCCCAAGCAAUUCCGAAGGUCAAUGGUACCAAGGUCGGCCUGAAAGCUGAAGCUCAAACUGUCGAGGAUGAUGCUCCCUCGGCCCCAAGGACAUUCUACAAUCAGUUGCCAGACUGGAGCUUUCUUUUUGCUGCCAUAACCACUAUCUUCUUGGCAGCGGAGAAGCAGUUCACUCUUAUUGACUGGAAGCCCAGGCGGCCUGACAUGCUUGCUGAUGCUUUUGGGCUCGGAAAGAUGAUGCAGGAUGGACUAGACUUCAGGCAGAAUUUCUCCAUUCGGUCGUAUGAGAUAGGGGCAGAUCGAACAGCUUCUAUAGAGACUUUAAUGAAUCAUCUACAGGAAACAGCGCUUAACCAUGCAAGGAGUGCUGGGCUCCUGGUUGAUGGCUUUGGUUCAACUCCUGAAAUGACUAAGAAAAAUUUGAUUUGGGUAGUAACCAAGAUGCAGGUCCUUGUAGAACGAUAUCCUUCCUGGGAAGAUGUUGUGGGAGUAGAUACAUGGGUGGCUUCAUCUGGGAAAAAUGGGAUGCGUCGUGAUUGGCAUGUGCAUGAUCAUCGAACGGGCCAAACUGUUCUGCGAGCGACGAGUGUGUGGGUAAUGAUGAACAAACUGACUAGGAGACUGUCUAAAAUUCCAGAGGAAGUUAGAGCAGAAAUAGGACCGUAUUUUGUGGAUCGUGAUCCUAUUAUAGAUGAGGAUAGCAGAAAGGUUCAGAAGCUUGAAGAUAAUACUGCUGAUUUUAUUAAAAGGGGGCUGAAUCCUCGAUGGGGUGAUUUGGAUAUCAAUCAACAUGUGAACAAUGUAAAAUAUAUUGGCUGGAUCCUCGAGAGCGCACCGAUCUCAAUCCUAGAGAGCCAUGAGCUUGCCGGCAUGACCUUGGAGUACAGGAGGGAGUGUGGGAGAGACUCUGUGCUGCAAUCACUCACUGCUGUCUCCAACCAUGGUUCCGAUGGUUCACCAGAGGCUGGCAUCGAGUGCCAGCAUCUUCUCCGGCUGGAAAGCGGGGCUGAGAUUAUGAGGGGUCGAACAAAGUGGAGGCCCAAACCUGCCCAGGAUCUCCAAAACAUGGGGCCACUUCCAGCUGGGAACACAUGAUGCAAUAUGGAUGGUUUAGGCCCCGGUUUUCCUUCAUCUGUUGGUUUAGGAUGGUCAGCCAGGCAAAGCCUUCUUUGGUUGGUAGAAAGAGAUGGAGAGAACAUAUAAUAUUGCUUGUAUUAUUUGUAAGUUUCUUUCUUUCUUUAGUUUUUCCUUGUAUUUGUCUCCUACCAACCAAAACCUCAUUUCCAUUUUGGAUUCAUAUUGGUGCCUGCUAUGAAAUUAAUUAGCAUUAUAUGUAA